AUGCGCAUCCUGCCAGAGUUCGUUGGUGUCUCUGGAUUAUUCGAGUUCCAUGGAAUGGGCCCAAGCACAGACCCAGAGAUCAAUCUGAUCUACGCACGAAUCCAGGCCGGUGUGGACAAACUGACGAAGGAUGAAAUGGUCCAUAACAGCUGGGAGAGCCACUGCCUGUGGUCCGUGUGGUCGAGAAUGAGACACGGUUUGGAUACAACCAUUGGAGCCAACGAAGGUGUGGGCGAAGGGAGAAGUGAUAUCGCGAGCAACAAAAAAUCGUACCUAGUGGGCUCUGGUCAACGAAUAAUACGAAGAAAUAGAUUUCAUCCGAGGAAAAUGGAAGAGAAUGGCGACGAGGACGAAGAACGAGACGAUCCCAAUACCAUUGAGGACGAUAUUGCAAUCAACGUACAAGAACCGCAGCGAGAAAUAUCAACGACGAGUAUGACCGCACAAUCUCCAUCCCGUACACGAAGUGGACGAAUAGACCAAUCAGGAUCAUAA